AUGGGGAAAGACGGACACAAGCUAUUGAAGGAACUUCAAGCUGGCUUCAGACAAGGAUAUUCCACCAUUGAUAACAUCUUUGUACUACGAAGUAUCGCUGACUUCUAUUUGGAAAGAAACAAAAAGCUGUAUGUUUUCUUCGUCGAUUUUAAGGCAGCUCUCGAUACGAUUGACCGCAAUGCAUUGAUGUAUAAAGUGUUUGGAUUAGGAAUAUCAUACAAGUUCGGAUGGGUACUUCAGACUCUUUAUUUGGAAACAAAGGCUGCAGUUUGGGAUAUAGAAAAAAUUCCGACAUGGUUUGAAACAAAGACAAGUGUAAGGCAAGGUUGUUUGCUGAGUCCAAGCUUAUUUCCACUCUUUAUUGAUGAUAUAACGGAUUGUCUUCCAGGAGGAGUAGAAUAUGCUGGUAUUCUCAUCAAGGCUCUCCUUUUUCGGAUGACACAGUGUUGUUUGCGUACUCACCAAAAUCGCUACAACUCAUGA